UGGUUCUGCACUUCUGCCUCUCUUCCUCUCUUCAAUGGUUUUGCACUUCUGCCUCUCUUCCUUUCUUCACGAGUAAGAGGAUUAAGGUGCAUGGGAGGCUGGGGACAAGCUGUGACUGUUUGGUGCGGUCGAACCUCAUCUAGUCAUGCUCUUCCUUCUAGGGUUUUAUUGGAUCAGCAAAACCUAUGGGAUAGCGGAUGCUGCUGCUGGAACAAUCGAAGUCUGAGAGAUCUGGCCUCAUCAGAUCUGGGAAGUGGGUUUUCUCUAGGACUACGGGAGUGGUGGAUCUGUGCUGAUUUGGGCAAAGGCAGUAACUUGAGAAGAAUCCUCAGGGGAAGAAGUCCAGAUCUGAUUAUGUUCUUUCUGCACUUUCAGAGAUUAAGAGUGAUCUGGAUCGUAGGUGCUACUGGUCAUAUUAGGAGACAAGGUAGUGCUUCUGUUGCAAUGACAGAUGGAGAAACUGGUUAUACUCACUACCUGAUCCUCUUCGUAGCCUUGCAGGACCUGUGCCAGAGAUUACAUGGGAGUGAGUUUUCUUUACUGUGGCUUUGCCAAUAUCAAAAUUCUGAAGUCUUUGUAAAUGCAAAACUAGUUGAGGAGCCAGAGCUGCAGAGGAGUUUUCCUGUGUUUGCUUUAGAGGAAAUUUUGGAAUCUCGUUAGAUAUCCAAACCUCACAUUUGGACUUUUCGAACCCUCGACGGAAGAGGGAUUAAUUAUUGUGUUUUUAUUUUUUGGGUGUUUCAAUUAUGUGUUGAUUAAUGGUUUGCUCUUUA